CAAACCCAAGAGCAUUCGCUUCCCAGCCCCAAGAAAAAAUCCCCCGAAUCCCACCUGCCAUAAGCCCCCAAUAAUUGACCCCUGCUCGCGCCGGCGUCGGCGGCCGGAGAAGAUGGAAUCGGCAAUUGGCGCGGCAACCGGGCUCGUCGGCAGCGUGGUGAAUCUGCUGUCCAACGAGCUCGUGGGGGCGUACGUCGCCAGCACCGAACUCGGCCUCAACUCCGUCGAGAUCAAGAAAGAUCUCCUGCACGCGCAGGCGCUGCUGCAAGAGGCCCAGCCGAGGGGCGCCAAGGACAACCACGGCCUGAAGGGGCUGCUGCAGGAGCUCACCGUCAAGGCCGACGAGGCUGAGGAUGCGCUGGAUGAGCUCCACUACUUCAUCAUUCAGGACCAGCUUGACGGCACCCGCUACGCGGUGCCGGACCUGGGCCAUGACCUUCGCGGUCAUGCUCGCCACGGUCGCCAUGCUAUUCGCCAUGUCGUCGGUAACUGCCUUGCAUGCUUUUCUUGUUCGUCGACUAUGAAAGAUGAUGAUAGUGGUGGUGCUGCUGCUGUUCCUAUUAACCCACUCAAUGCAACCAAGACUGAUAGUGCUGGUCAAGAUGGUCCAGUUGAUAAGCUGAAAUUCGAUAGAGUGGCCAUGUCCAAGAAAAUUAAGUCAGUGAUGGAGGAACUACACUCCCUGUGUGAGCCCGUAUCCAAUUUGCUCGGCAUAACUCCACACCAGGGUAGCACUGAAACUGCUGUCAACCUAAAUCGUCCUCCAACGGGAUCAAUCAGUGCGCAGCAUACAUUGUAUGGCAGGGCAGACAUUUUCGAGGGAACCAAAGAUGAUAUAACCAGUGGCAGAUUCUAUACGGAAACCCUUUCAGUUCUUCCUGUAGUUGGUCCAGGUGGUAUUGGAAAGACAACUUUCGCCCAACACCUGUAUAAUAAUAAAAGGAUACAAGAGCACUUUGCUAUUAGGGUCUGGGUAUGUGUAUCGACUGAUUUUGAUGUGCUUAAGCUCAGCCAACAGAUCCUUAGCUGCAUUCAAGGAAGCAACUCCCCAAAUCAAACAACAAGUUUAGACCAGCUCCAAAUAUCCAUCGCAGAGAAAAUCAUGUCGAAAAGGUUUCUAAUUGUGUUUGAUGAUAUAUGGAAAUGCAAUAAUCAGGGCUGGGAAGACCUGCUAGCUCCUUUGAGGAAAGGGGAAACCAAGGGUAACAUGGUUCUCGUCACAACUCGAUUUCCAUCCAUAGCUGAAAUGGUGAAAACAGCACCUUCAAUACCACUGAAAGGCCUCGAGUCUGAUGAAUUCUUCACAUUCUUCGAAGCAUUCAUAUUUGAUGAAAAAAAACCUGAGUACCAAGGUGACCUAGCAAUUAUUGCACGGGCCAUUGCUAAGAAAUUGAAGGGUUCACCUCUAGCAGGCAAAACCGUUGGUCGAUUAUUGAGGAAGGAGAUUUCUCGGAAACACUGGAUGGAAGUUCUCGAAAACAACAAAUGGCAAAACCAAGAAAAUGAUGAUGGCAUUAUGACAUCUCUCAGGAUUAGCUAUGAUUACCUUCCUUCUCAUCUGAAAAGAUGUUUCCAAUAUUUUGCCUUAUUCCCUGAAGAUUACAAGUUUAAGAAUUUAGAGAGUACAUAUUUCUGGAUUGCAAUAGGAAUCAUAGAAAAAGAUGAGGAUUACAUGGAACAACUAGUGGAAAAUGGUUUUGUUGUGAAGGAGAAUGUUCAUUGGUCAAGCCAACAGUACUAUGUACUGCAUGAUUUACUACAUGAACUGUCCCGAAGUGUUUCCUCACAAGAAUGCCUCAAUAUAUAUGAUAGUAAAAGGUUUAAAGCUGAUGCCGUUCCAAAAUCUAUUCGUCAUUUGUCCAUUACCAUUGAAGACAACUAUGAUGUGACUUUUACUGAAGAAAUGAUUAAGUUGAAGAGCAAGGUAGACAUUGCAAAUUUGAGGGCUUUGAUGAUUUUUAGAAGAUAUGGAGAAACAAUUGAUGAGAUUUUAAAUGAUACUUUCAAGGAUGUAGAGGGUCUUCGUGUCCUAUUUAUAGUUGUGAAGUCCCCAAAUUUGUUCCCAUGUGAUUUCUCAAAACUUAUCCACCUCCGAUACCUAAAAGUUGGAACAUGGGACGAAGUGACUUUGCCUAGCACACUGUCCAGACUUUAUCACCUAAAACUAUUGGACCUGAGUGGUUGGCAUGGUAGUUAUGAAUUGCCUAGAGACACUAGCCGCCUUAUCAGUUUAUGCCAUUUUAUUGCUGGAAAAAAAUUCCAUUGCAAUAUUGCUGAGGUUGGAAAGAUGAAGUGUUUAAAGCAGCUUAAAGAAUUCCAUGUCAUGAAAGAGAGUGUUGGAUAUGAACUGUGUGAGUUGGGGCAGUUAACAGAUCUUGGAGGAGAACUAUGUAGACGUAAUCUUGAAAAGGUGACAACCAAGGAUGAGGCUAUGGAAGCCAAACUUGAGUCAAAAGGUGAUUUGGAAGGGUUGGGGUUGGUUUGGGGAUCAUCUGAUGCCGUUGAUGGUACAACAAAAUUAGUUGAUGUUCUUGAUGCUCUUCAGCCACACCCUAACCUUGCAGCACUUGGCAUCAUAGGUCAUGGUGGUACAAGUGGUCCUAGUUGGUUGUGUGGUGACAUUAACUUUGAGUUGUUGGAGUAUCUUCAUCUAGAGGGAGUAUCUUGGGUCACUCUUCCUCCUUUUGAGUACUUGCCGCAGCUCACAUCACUCACAUUGAGCAACAUUCAUGAAGUUAGUGAGAUCCGCCAUGUCUUUGGUGGCGCUACAAACAAAAGUUUUUUGCAGUUGAAGCUGAUUGUCCUUGAUUCAUUGCCUGAACUUAUUGAGUGGGUUGGGGUGCCUAAUGAUUCGUUUGCAAGGCUUGAAACUAUUUAUUGCAGGUCAUGCCCCAAUCUCCGUACACUACCCUUCCUGCGCGAGUACUCUGCUGGCUGUUAUAACCAUCUAUCGAAACUCGAAAUUUUUGAUUGCCCAAAGUUGUCUCUCCCACCCAUGCCUCACAGCUCCACAAUGAUAGUUUGUGAUGUGAGACAUAGUUCCGCAGAGCUGACUUAUUAUGCAGGGAACAAGAUGUAUAUUAAUGGGUAUAAUGGUGAGGUGGACUUGCAUAACCUGCGAAAAGUAGAGAAAAUGAGUAUAACAGAUGUAUCACACAUUUCAAUGACAGAGCUGACCAAUCUGAAAUCCCUAAGAAGACUAGAUGUCAGAAGAUGCAGCUUCACGUGCCAUGGACUCCAGGACCUCUCGUGCCUCCAAUAUCUUACAGUAUACAACAGCAUCAACUUCUUUCCAUGGCAUACCGAAGCAGCUCACACCAUCAAGCUUUUCCCUGCUUCCCUGGAGACACUUGAGAUUGAAGGAGAGUCAGGCAUGCAGUCAAUGGCACCGCUCAGCAAUCUGAAAUCCCUAAGAAGACUAGAUGUCAGAAGAUGCAGCAUCAGGUGCCAUGGACUGCAGGACCUCGCGUGCCUCCAAUCACUUACAGUAAAAGAAUGUGGCAACUUCUUUCUGCGGCCCAUCGAAGCAGCUUACACCAUCAUCAAUCCUUUGCCUUCUUCCCUCGAGGAACUUGAGAUUGAUGGAGAGUCAAGCAUGGAGUCAAUGGCUCUGCUCUCGAACCUCACUUGUCUCACCGAUCUUGUACUGGUGAACUCUGAGAAUUUAACAGUGGAUGGUUUUAAUCCUCUUAUCACAGUCAACCUCAACAGUUUGAAGAUCUACAACAGAGGAAAUUGUCUUAGCCGUUCUGUAUCAGCGGAUUUGUUCUCAAAAUUGGUGGUAGCAAGGACUAACCUAAUAUUGCCUGCAGGCUCCUUCCAGCUGCGAGAACUUACAGUGGAUUGCAUCUCAGCAGUGCUUGUUGCUCCCAUCUGUAGCCACCUCGCCGCUACCAUCAAGACUUUAGAAUUCUGGUAUGAUCAGCGGGCAGAAAGCUUCACAGAAGAGGAAGACAGGGCUCUUCAGCUCCUCAAAUGCCUCCGUUUCAUCAGUUUUAUGGAUUGCCCGAAUCUGCUGUGCCUUCCUCAAGGCCUACACAGCCUUCCUUCUCUUAAGACACUAUUUGUCCAAGAUUGUCCUAAAAUCCGAUCUCUGGACAAGGGGGACUUUCCCACUUCACUGGAGUGUCUAUUAGUGCAGGGUUGCAGUCCCGGGCUACAAGAGCAAGCCAAGCAAUUAAAAGGAACAAAACCAGCUUUUAAUGUGAUACUUGAACUUGAGUAGCACAAGGUGGAUUGCCAACACAGCUGCUCAAUCAUUUUAGCUGCAUUGUGUACAUACUACAUAGUCAUGAAACCAUUCAGGCUACUAUUGUUGAGACUAGCAUCUGGCCAGGAUCUCCAUCUACAAGUUGUGUCUCGUAUUAUAGCACACAGGUAGUAGCUAGUAUUUGAGAUGGAGAGGAGUACUACAGUAUGCACUCUAUCGAUGAACCUGCCUAGAGAACGAUUAUGGCCGACAGUGGGAUUUGUUAUUCAGGACUUAAUUGGUUGCUCCAUCCAAAAAAUAACAAUAUCAGUAACAAAAGUAUCAUCAAGAAGUAGCUGUGCAGCUAUACCAAGGCCAUUUGAAAGUUUACUCGCUGCUAGUUACCCUCCACACACUGGAGUCUUGGAAUGAUGAUUGGGGUCUGCCAUCCCGGCCUCAAGGGUUACACAGCCUUUCCUCACUCAUGGGAGUAGUAGUCAUGGUUUGUCCUGGUCGUUGCGUAAGGGGUGACCUCCCUGUUUCACUGCGACAGCUAGAUAUAUUACGCUUCAGUGCAGAGCUACAAGAGGGAAUGAAGAAAUUAGAAGGAACAAACCCAACUUUAGCCCAGCCCAAGGCUUGAUGGCAGAAUUACUCAUUUCCAAAGCGCAAUGUGCACGUAGAUAAACUGUGAAUCCUGGGUGCAAGUCAUGUGGCAUGUGCAAGUUGUCGGCCUAUCUGCCGUUUUGGCAGCUCUCAUAUAAGCCGUGUGUUCCUACUGGUAUCAGAAAUGGACUACUGAAGUUUGCAUGUAUAGCAGCUGCUUGCAUUGCAUGGUAAACUAUGAAGACAUAGGGGACAGCCGAUUGAUUGAACUGGAGGUGAAUGGCUGUUUGUUUCUGCUUUACAGAAAUCUUAUGAAUGUGCGUUUCCUUUUAACUAAAAUAUCAGAACAGUUUGAUUGCUUGCUCAAGCGGUACAUGACACCAUGCACCGCCAACUGCAUCUUGUGCAGAUUAUACCAUUCAAAAAAGAAAAACAUCUCGUGCAGAUUGUGGAGACUGCAUGUAUAUGUGGUGAUGUUUCACUGGCAUCCGUCAGACUUUCAGUUCCAGUUCAGCAAGUUCAAUCAUGUUGGCCAACUGAAAAUAAUGAAUUUGAGAAUUUAAAUGAGUAGUCCCCUUUGUUGUGUUCACUUUUCCGACCUUAUGAUAGAUUCAUUACUGGGAUUCUGCAGAACUAUUCACAGCCAACAAUGAAUCCAGAAGUUGGUUGUUCCAUCCAGAAAAGGAAACUGACGUGAGGCUCUGUCUUGACAUCUCGAGGGAGUCCUUUCUGUAUAAUCGACCCUAUCAAAGGUAAUUUGUUAAACCACGUAAUAUUCAGGUUCAAGGGGCGCACCACUUGGCCGGUUCAGUUGAGAUAAGUCUAGGUCUGGUUGGUUAGAGUAUAUGGUUGUAAUCUCCUCAUGUAUAUCUUAUCUCUACUUUCCUUGUAUCUCAAGAUGUAAUCUCAACAACCUUGUAUGCUUAUCAGGGAUAUGCCCCUGCCUAUAUUAACACGAAACCGUCGCCUCGAGAGAGGUACGACGUUCUCCGCUA